UUCCCUCCCACCCAGGCUCAUCCCGUCCCUUUACUCACCAGUUGUCACUCUUUAACCCCCCCCCCCCCCUCUCUCUCACCCUCUCAUUUUUUGUCUUCCUCUCUCUCUAAUUGCUGCCUCUCAUCAUCCUUCGCUUCUUCUUCUUUUCCUCCCUUUUCUCGUUCAGCGCGUGGACACUUCUCGUUUACUCCGAGUGUUUUCAAAGCUUUUCCCUCCUCUGAGGAACAGUUUUCUUGAAUGGCCACGCGAGGAGCUGAGAGUCUUCCUCCGGUCGGCUCUGGAGUCUGACGCGCGCGCACGCGCCUGCCUGUCCGGUUCCGCUGAAGCCUCCGCCGGUGCUGCUGCUGCUGCGUGACCUGCAGGUGUGGGUUUGUUCUUGAUUCGCAGGUGAGACCCCUGGUGAGGACUAGUGAAGCCCGAGCUUCCUGUAGGAAGCAGAAAGAAUCGGUCGUGACCGAGUCAUCGCGUCUCCUCACGACUGAAGUGAACCUGGAAGUAUUUCUCAGCAAAGACCCAGAAGGGAAACUGGAAGCAGCCGAGGAGAAACCUUCAUCCUAGCGGCUUCUGAAGCUUUUUCUGAUUUACUGGUUUCUGUUUGGUGCUGGAGGAGGAGGGGGCUCGGUUCUGCUCUCCGGGAUUAAACCAAACGCAACUUUCCUCCCUGAAAUCAAACUUGUACCUGAAACCAAAUGGUCGUUUAAGAGAAGCCGCAUUGAAACGAUGGAGGCGUCCGCCAACGGGUCCAGUUUUGGCAUCGACUCGCUGCUGUCUCACCGGCCCGGAAGUCCGGUUUCCAAGGGGGACGGCCUGGUGGGGGAGUGUCGCUCGCCUCUGGAGUUCAGCCCCAGAUCAGACGCGGAGAGCGGCUGCUCGUCGCCGCCGUCGCCCCGGAGGGAGUGCGUGGAGGAUGUGGCCCAGAGGCAGGGUCACGGCGCGCUGCUUCCGCCGCACCUCCAGCACGCGCAGAUCUCCGCGGGGUCGCAGCAGCGGACCGUGACCUCGUCGUUCCUGAUCAGAGACAUUCUGGCGGACUGUAAGCCCCUGGCCGCCUGCGCACCUUAUUCCAGUAACGGACAACCGACCCAAGAGGCGGGGAGGCUGGCGGCCAAGGUAGCGGACGAGUUCAUCGAGAAGAUCCACAGCAACUCGUCAUCAGACAGCGAAUAUAAAGUAAAAGAGGAGGGGGACAGGGAGAUCUCCAGCAGCAGGGACAGUCCUCAGGUGCGGCUGAAGAAGCCCCGGAAGGCCCGAACCGCCUUCACGGACCACCAGCUGGCGCAGCUGGAGCGCAGCUUCGAGCGGCAGAAGUACCUGAGCGUCCAGGACCGCAUGGAGCUGGCGGCCUCCCUCAACCUCACAGACACGCAGGUCAAGACCUGGUACCAGAACCGGAGGACGAAGUGGAAGCGGCAGACCGCGGUCGGACUGGAGCUGCUGGCGGAAGCUGGGAACUACUCCGCCCUGCAGAGGAUGUUCCCGUCCCCAUACUUCUACCCACAGAGCCUGGUCUCGAACCUGGACCCCGGGGCGGCGCUGUACCUAUACAGGGGCCCCUCGGCGCCCCCGCCGGCCCUACAGAGACCCCUGGUCCCGCGCAUCCUGCUGCACGGCCUGCAGGGAGGCAGCGAGGCGCCGCCCCCGCCACCUCCUCUGCCCCCCAUGUCCGGCGUGCUUCCCCGGCCUCAGCAGCGGUGAGCCGCUGACAUGACUCCGUUAAAUGUCCCGGAGCCGUGACCAUGAAAAAAAAAGCUGCAAACGCAGAAGACAACAAUAGAAACAUUUUGGGCCUUUAGGGGACAAAAACCGGCCGAUUAGGAUAAACAAGGACGGAGGUUCGUGCCUCAGAUCCGAAAAGACUUCUGGGUUUUUUUAUUUGCUAAUUUUAUUCGUCAAAAUAUUAUUUAUUUAUUGUUUAUUUAUUUAUGUUUCCAGUCGAAUUAAAACAUCUAAGUUAAGUAUUUAUUCAAACCCACUUUCAGUAUUUUUCCAACAGACUCCAAAUUGUUGGUGGCACAUUUGACCCAUAAAGCCAAUUAUUAUUAUUAUUGUUAUUAUUAUUAUUAUUAUUAUUAUUAUUGUUAUUAUAAAGCAUACAUAUCAUUUAGAUUAGACAACAAUAUUUUUUUUACUUAUGGAAACUCUUUUUGCCUCCACGUGUUCAGCAGUUGUAAACCUGUACAUAAGAAUAUUUUCAUUUCUAAACCGGAAGAGACUGAUUUUAAAGAAACUCUUUUUUUCAGACCACCGUGAUCAAGUUUUAACAGAUUAUGUUAAAUCCAGAAAAAAUAAAUAAAAACGUGAAUAAUUAAAUCAAAUCUACGCGUGAAGACCGGAUGGACCUGUCUGGAGUCAGCUUAAGGAACACACCUGGACACGAGCAGAUCCAUAUGGAGAUUUUCUCUGUUUUAUUUGAUGUUCUGAAGUCAUUUCUGUCCGAGGCGGGUUGAAGGCAGCCGGCCCAGAGAUGGUUCUUCCGCCGGGACUCGGGUCCACACAGGUGACCUCCUGCUGGCUCGUUGUGUUUGAGCAGACGUUGUGCUUUCCUUCUGUUAUUUGCAGCUGUGGUCAUUGUUCUAACUCUCCUUUGGUGAAAAUGUUUAUUGCAGAUAUCAAACUUGUGGAGUGCUUUUCGUAUAUUUCCCGGAUCGUUUUUUAAAUAUUUUAAUUUGAUUUACUUUUUAUUUCUAAAAGAAUUCGUUCCUCUCAGAACUUUUGCCCCCCCCCCCCCCCCACACACACACACACACACACAAAGUUCAUGUCAUUUGUGGCGCGCAGCAGAGAUGGGGCGGGGGGGCUGGGGGAUGGAAGGAGAGGGGGAUUUGAUGUGAAAGAGAAAUUACUUUUAUAAAUGUGGAAAUAAAAAGUCUUUGCUUUAUUCCUCUUUGAGUUUUGUUCGAAAAUGACGUCACCUGAAUCAACACGUGGAUUUGACUUUAUUGUCAGAAUCAUAAGAUUUAAAAUCACCAACAGAGGAGAAGAAAUGCAGCCAGAAUCACAGGAGAAGCUCUGAUUUCAGCCAAAAUUAAACACAGAAAUAAACAAAAAUCAGAUGUUUUCCGGGUCCUGGAAUAAAGCCCUCCAUCUAAAUGAAGCUCCAGGUUUUAUUUACCUGUUUAAAAUAUAACAGGAGCCGGAGAUGCCUCCUGGCAUUCUAAUUGAAACAUCUUGUCUCCACGCAGCCAAGAGCAGUUUGAGGAAAAUCGUGUUUGAGUGAAUUUGUCUUCUCUUCCCGCGUGUUUGGUUUAGUUUGGCUUAUUUAAUUUGUUCCUUGUUGAGCUUAAGGAGGAAAACAGUUAAUAAAAGCGCGCCUUUCCUCACUUUUUUUCCAAAAGCAGCAGCGACAUAUCCGGACAGGUUAAUUAUGUUCAGUAUGAAUCAUUUCCAUCAACUAUUGCAAAAAAUGUGACUCCUAAUGAGUUUUCUUGUCUUCUCUGAUCGGAUUUGGUUUUGGAAGAGGUGCGUGAUGCUCCUCCUCCCUCCUUUAUUAUCAUCAUUCUUUUGAAAUUAAAAGCACCAAACACAAUGCAGACAUUAAAUAUUAAUGUCACGCGCAAUUGUUUAAGUGCCUUAAAUGUUCCCCAUUUUGGAAAUGGAUUGUUUCCACCCUUCUUCUCCUUGAGGGUGCUGGAUGUGCGCUCCGGUGCCAAACGGCUCUAACAGCUGCUGACCGGGCUGGAGCUGACUGCAGACCGGGAUCAGCGCGGGGACAGCUGGUCAGCGGCUCCACACCCCCUCCUCCUUCCUUCACCCAUCGCUCCUCUCUCUCUCCCUCCCUCCGCGUGGAUCCGUGCCGUGCGUCUGCGGCGCGUUGGGGGUUAAAGGCGUCCGGGCUGACGGACAAGCCUCCGCGUGUUGGAUGUUAACGAUCAGACAAAAGACUUUAAUCGGUUUUAAUUGAAAGUCGAUAAUGGGUUUGAUAGCCAGCUCGCCCUGCUGUCCUCCGCGCAUGGCACCUGUUAUCCACCCCCACGCCACCCUCUUGGUGGCCAGGAGACAUCAGACUGACGGCCUGACAACUUUGCGCCUUUAUGAUGCGGAAAAUUGCAUAAAAACACAGCGAAGCGAGCCAAGCAGGUUUUUGGAGCCUCGGAGGUUAAAGAGGAGAAAAAAGGAACAAAACAAACAAACAAAAAAAAAACUCCCAAACUGCUCCAGAAAGAUCAUCAGAGUCCCAUCAUGGAUCCGUGACCGAUUCGGAUAACGACGCGAACUGAUUAGAAUAAAGCAAACAGGCGCAACGCGCAUUAGCUUCACGACUCAGUCUGGUUUUAUUUCCAUGUGAAAGAGUGUUGGUGCAAAUCCCCGGCUCUGACCGCGGAUUGUCCCCGGCUCAGGGUUAAUGAAGUGCGGAUGGAGUGCAGCUAAGAUCCCGAAAGACUAAAAAGAGAAAGAAAAAAGGCUUAGAGGCUGAGGAACAGUGGCUCUUCCUA